UCUUUUGGUAGGCAAAAACAUGCUUGGUUUGGUGCAAAAAAUCGGCGGAAGUUGAAUUUCGCACUCGCUUUUUAGCCUCGCAUAAUGGCAUGGGUUAUGCGUUAUAGUGUUCAUUUGAUUGUAAAAUGUGAGCGAGAAAGAAUACAAACCAAAAUAGCUGAAUGUUACAAAGAGGCUCCAACAGCAUGUCAUAGGUUUUCAUUUGCACUCGUCAUUGAAUAAACAAGAUGGCUACCAGUAGUAGUGGAAAUAAAUAGAUGACGAAGGAUGAAAUAGAAUGAAGCGACCCCUGUCUUGCAAACACGCAAAGGAAGAACAGCAAAGAGUGGACCGUCGUGCUUCUCUCGCGCGCGCAGUGGAGUGGAUUGGACAACCCCAAAUUUAGGACACCCCCUCUCCAUCCCUACCCAGCUUUGCUAGCACUUCGCUCUGAUUCCUCCUCCGCCUGCACCUCUGCCUUCGCCAUCAUCUUCUUCUCCACUCGGCGAUCCAUCGACGACCCCCAGAUGCAUGGUAUGACCUGCUGAUCCAUCACCCCACUGCACCUUGCGUUCGGCAGCAUGCAUCGAUCGUCUUGUUGUUCCUCGUAGGGAUUAUGCUCAGUUCUGCUGGUUACAUUGGUCCCCUCUCGAAUUGAUUCUUGUUCAUUUGGUUUGCUGAUUAUCAUCUUUCUAUCCUGUAUAUGCAUGGCCAGAAUCGAAUUCGAAUCCCCACUGAUUGAUGUUGAUGCAUGCGUUGCCUUUUCUGUUUCUUACUUGAUUGCGGACGCAUCUAUUCGUCAUCUUCUAGCUAGCAGGCAUGGAGCCUUUGCCAGAUAUCUACCCCUUGACAGGCCUGCAGAUUGGGUAAUUUCUUGUUCAAUUUGGUUUCUGAUGAUGAAGACGAUCCGUACAAGGAUGGAGACGUAGGAUUAAUUUCGAUGUCGUGCGUGCAGGGACAUCCAAUCCUACAUCUCGCGGGCGUUCCUCUACUUCGCCCCGCUCAGUAAGAAGGUGUUCAUCCUCGUGGACAACCAGCCCUGGCUGUCGGCCAAGCAGUCGCGGUCCGCGAGGCUGUGGCAGUUCAUGGUCACCAAGUUCAUUUGCAGUACAGGAUGUCUCCGUUCGCGAACUCGCGCGCGAAGCAGGUCCCGACGUUGGCCGCGGCGGCGGCGGCCGCCUCGGCCGCCGCCGCCGUCGGGGAGAGCGACGCGAUGCGGCGGUGGUUCGCGGUGGCGGACCUGAGCCGGGCGCUGCACGGGUUCCUGGUGUUCGAGGUGUCGUGGCGCGACGUGCACGGCAUCAACUACCUCAACGAGCUGCUGACGGACACGUCCCUGGCGCUGGAGGCGCGCUACAUGAAGAAGUGGGAGUUCUACAGCGCGGAGCAGGCGGCCGGGUGCACGCACCUCUGGUUCCUCGGCCGCGCCACCGAGGCGCGGGCGCUGCGGGGCUACCUCGCCGCCCUGCACGCGCACUCGGACCCCAGCGAGCAGCUGGAGGAGUGCGGCAUCGCGCUGCGCCGGACGUGCUCGUCCUCGUCCCUCAGCGCCGUCUCCGAGGACGACGACGACGGCCCCGCCGGCGGCGAGCCGGGCCACAGCGGCGGCAUGCCCCGGUACUCCUCGGAGGCCGACUACAUCGGCUCCCCGUCGGCCUCGGCCAGGGCCCGGCGGGCGCGCGCCGAGGCCCCGUUCGUGGCCCCCGCGCAGUACAGCGACACGCUGAUCCUGUUCCGGUUCCGGGACAGCCUGCUGCCGGUGAAGCUGCGGCAGAUCAUCAUGUCGGACAUCCGGCUGCUGACGCUCCUCGAGUCCGGCCUGCCGCCGUGGGUCAUCUUCUUCCAGUCGUACCCGCUGCUGUGCCAGCUGUACAGGCCGUGGAUGCGGCCGCUGGUGCGGAGCCUGUACCUGCUGGCGUCCCUCGUCACCGUGCUCAUCGGCUUCUACGACCUCUACAAGAACGUGCCGCUGCUCAAGUCCGCGGCGGCGCGCAUCUGCGGCCCGCUCUUCGGGUGGAUCGAGACGUGGGACAUGAUGACCCGGAUCCAGUACCUGGGCACCAUCCUCUUCCUCCGCAACCUGCGCAAGUGCCUGCAGAGCCUGCUGGCGCUGCUGCGCGCGGCGCAGGCGGUGCUCCGGGCCGUGGCGGCGCCGCUGGCCGACGCCGCGGGGCCGCUGCUGUCCGCCUGCGCCGAGCUGGGCGGCCUGGUGGCGGAGGGCCUGGCCCCGGCGUGGGCGCUGCUGGUGGACCUGGCGGAGGUGCUGUGGGCACCCUUCGACCUGGUCCUGGACAGCGUGGCCGGGUGCCUGGGGCCGCUGCUGCAGGUGGCGAUGCUGCCGGCGCGCGCCGCCGCGGCGCUGGCGGGCUGCGCGGGCACGCUGCUCUCCGCCACCUACAACUUCUCCAAGGACAUCUGGGAGACCAUGAGCAGCAUCUUCGAGCUCAACCACAUGUCGGAGGCGGCGCAGCAGAGCGCCUUCGACAUGUCGCAGAUCAAGACGCUCUGGAACGACCUCUUCUCCCAGAUCUUCCGCGCCCUCAGGGGCAUACUCAAUGGCAUAUCGGUGUUCUUCGCGUCCUGCAAUAGGCACAGGCUCAGCAUCUACAACCAUGCGCAGUCAAGGCUGCGGCACAUGCUCCGCGUCACCAGGCUGGCGCCGAGCUCGUGUCGAUGCAAGCACAGGGGGAGACGCCGUCCGGGGAAGAACAGUGAGGGUGAUGCGGUGGUGGAAUGCGAUGUCUGCAAGUGAGCACGAAUGUGUAUAUAUAUCAUCUCAGACUAAUAUUCCGUGUACCCCUAUACAUAUAUAUAAUUACAUCAAGCCACCGUUGCCGAC